CGGCUGGUGCUGCAGUGCAGCCCUCUGGCCGCGGCGUGUGGGCGCUGGUGUGUGUUCAUGUGCGCAUAAACCCCUUUCUUGUAGAAAGGCAAAUACUGGUCGGAGAGAGGUCUUGGGGUUUUAUGGCAAGGACAUAGACUGGGGAGGCUUUUCGGGUAAUGACAGCAUGAGAGCUCUUCUUCAGGUUUCCUUCUGCAAGAGAAUCCUCUUUGCUUGCUUCCACAGUUUGGGGUCUGCAAGAGUUACAGGCUUCGAAGCUGUGUUCUUGGCACCAUUGCAUCCCAGUCAAUUCUCCUAAAAGUAUGGGGCAUGGAAAUGAACACAGCCAUGGCCAUGGCAAAAUGGAACUCCCCGACUACAGGCAAUGGAAGAUAGAGGGUACUCCACUAGAGAAGGUCCAGGAAAGGCUAGCUAAACGGGGUCUUAGAGAUCCGUGGGCUCGCAAUGAAGCCUGGAGAUAUAUGGGUGGCUUUGCAAAACCUGUCACCUUAACAGAAGUCUUUACUAGGGGACUCAAGUGGGGAUUUGCAGCUUUCGUCAUAGCUCUUGGCAUUGAAUAUACACUGUUUCCUCCAAAGAAGAAUGGUGGCCAUCACUGAAGAUCAAAUAUGACAACUUAAUACUUCCUAAUUACUAAGCUGAAACAUACAUAAGCCUGCUGCUCACUCUGUACUUACAAUAUGUGUAUUAAAGUCUAUCACAGGCAAAA